GCAAUUAUCCCUCCUUGCUGCUGUCUAAAUACCCGCCCUCCCCUUUCUAUAAUGCGCUCAUCACCUUCGUUAACGUUACUUUCUACUUGGAUUUCCUUAUUAUUUCUCUCUCUCUCUCUCUUUUAAUAUGUCAAAAUCAAUCAUGACUCCUUUUAGAGAGAAAAAACACUUCAGGAAGCCUGCACAAGCUAGUUCAAGGAAAGGGUGCAUGAGAGGCAAAGGAGGCCCAGAGAAUGCACUCUGCACUUAUAAGGGUGUCCGCCAGAGAACUUGGGGCAAAUGGGUAGCUGAAAUUCGAGAACCUAAUCGCGGUGCCCGUCUCUGGCUUGGUACCUUCGACACCUCUCAUGAUGCUGCCAUGGCUUACGAUGCUGCUGCUCGUAAACUAUAUGGCCUUGAAGCCAAGCUCAACCUGCCGGAGUUGCAUCUCAACAAUAACCAAUUUCCAGCCCGUUCAGGCAAUACCCAGGUUGCCCAAAUCCAAAUGGGAAACCAAUCCCAUGUCCUGGAUAAUUCAAGUGCCACAUGUUUAUCAAGCACCCCAAUCAUAAGGUCUAGUGAAAUCAAUCCAGAGUACUAUAGCCAUGACUCGGUUAUGCCUUUCGCUAGCGAGAACGUGGAGCCCGAUGGCAAGGUAGCAGAAAAUGAAGGAAAUUUUGGGCAAAAUCAAGAGGGAAUCGACGAGUUAACAAAUCUAAACGUGAACCUGCCUUUGUUUGAUGCUUCAAUUUGGACAGAGGCAGCAAUGUCAAUAGAUUUCCCAGCGUUGGAUGACCCCCUAAUUUUCGGCGGAAACCUGAUGGAAGGAACAGGGUGGGACCCGUUGCAGUCUGCGUGGUGCAAGUAAAAAUGGCCAACUCUGUCCAUCUCCUGACAUGGCUGGCCACGCAUAGCCACCUCAAGUUUUCUGGGCUUUAUCGUGGCUCUUGUAUAUUACAGGCACCUAUACAUAUAUCAGUCACGUGCUUCUA